AUGGUGAAAGUUGAUGUUAAAUACACUAAGUUGUUCAUCAACAAUGAAUGGGUAGAUGCUGUAAGCAAGAAGACUUUUCCUACCAUCAACCCUCAAGAUGAGUCUGUCAUCGCUCAUGUCGCGGAAGGAGACAAGGCUGAUAUAGACAUCGCUGUAGCCGCUGCCAAGAAAGCAUUUCACAGAUACUCGGAAUGGAGGAAACUUGAUGCUUCUCAACGAGGUAGACUCCUCCUUAAGCUAGCGGACCUCAUUGAAAGAGAUCUUGAGUACUUAGGACAACUGGAAACUUUAGACAACGGCAAACCAGUGAAACAAGCUACCGGUGAAGCUGCUUGGACUGCCCAAAUUAUCAGAUAUUAUGCUGGGAAAGCUGACAAAAUAUUGGGCAACACUAUACCUGCUGACGGGGAAGUCCUCUCUAUGACCCUGAAGGAACCUGUGGGUGUUUGCGGUCAAAUUCUACCAUGGAAUUACCCUAUCCCUAUGUUCGUCUGGAAAAUCGCACCUGCCUUGGCAGCUGGGUGCACCAUUGUCCUCAAGCCUGCAGAGCAAACUCCACUCACAGCUCUUGCGCUAGCCGCAUUGGUAAAGGAGGCUGGCUUUCCACCUGGCGUUGUGAACGUCGUCCCUGGAUAUGGACCCACCGCUGGUGCGGCACUCACUAAUCAUCCCGAUGUAGAUAAAAUUGCUUUCACGGGAUCCACAGAGGUUGGACGCAUUAUUAUGAGCGGUGCUUCGGCAGUAAAUUUGAAACGCGUAACAUUGGAACUAGGAGGAAAGAGUCCUCUGGUAAUUUUCAACGACGCCGAUGUCGAAAAGGCAGCAGAGAUUGCCCAUGGUGCUGUUUUCGCUAACGCUGGUCAGAGCUGCGUUGCCGCAACGAGGACCUACGUUCAGUCCGGUAUUUAUGACGCGUUCGUUGCAAAGGCAGCAGAAAUCGCUAAAAAGCGCACCGUCGGCAACUCUUACACAGAUGUUGAACAGGGACCUCAGAUUGACGAGGAAAUGUUCUCAAAAGUCUUGAAUUACAUUAAAUCAGGCAAAGAGCAAGGUGCCCGUUGUGUCACUGGUGGUGAACGAAUUGGAAACGUUGGAUACUUCAUUCAACCUACCGUAUUUGCUGAUGUCAAAGAUGACAUGAAAAUUGCCAGGGAAGAGAUUUUUGGACCCGUCCAAAGUAUCUUGAAGUUUGACACAUUCGAUGAAGCGGUCGACCGCGCUAACGACACCAACUAUGGCCUUGGAGCCGGAGUCAUCACUAAUGAUAUCACUACUGCAUUAUCCUUCGCCAAACAUGUCCGCGCUGGAAGUAUUUGGGUGAAUACAUACAGUGUUGUUGCGACCCAAACCCCAUUUGGAGGGUUUAAAGAAUCUGGCAUUGGCCGUGAACUGGGCGAAGACGGUAUCUUACAAUACUUAGAAACCAAAACUCUCACCAUAAGCCUACCAAAACAGCCUGCGAUUUAAAUCUUUGUUAUAAAGUGAAACAAAAUGAAAGUGUCUCACCUUGCUUAUUAUAAAUAUAAGAUUUACUUUUUAUAAAACCCUACUUAAUAAACGUGCAUUUAUA